UCCGGAAGCGGAAGUGCACUGGAGGUCAGGAGUGUCUUCAGCAUGGCGGCCCUCAGGGCGCUAGUGUCCGGUUGUGGACGGCUGCUCCACGGGCUCCUGACAGGCCCCAGCUGGUUACGGCUUCCAGUUCGUGGGUUGAGAGAAGUGGUAGAGAUCCAAGAAGGGAAGACAACUAUAAUCGAAGGCCGAAUGACAGGAACUCCCAAGGCAACUCCAGAUCCCCCUAACCCAUCAGGCCAGUGCCCCAUCUGCCGUUGGAACCUGAAGCACAGAUAUAACUAUGAGGAUGUGCUGCUGCUCAGUCAGUUCAUCCGGCCUCACGGAGGCAUGCUGCCCCGGAGUGUCACAGGUCUUUGCCAGGAAGAACACCGCAAGAUAGAGGAAUGUGUGAAGAUGGCCCACCGAGCAGGUCUGUUCCCAAAUCACAGGCCGAGGCUUCCAGAGGGAUAUGUACCAAAGAGCAAGCCCAAGCUCAACCGCUACCUGACACGCUGGGCUCCCAGGUCUGUCAAGCCCAUCUACAACAAAGGCCACCGUUGGAACAAGGUGGGCAUGGCUGUGGGAUCACCACUCCUGAAGGACAAUGUCUGCUACUCCAGAAAGCCUUUGAAGCUGUAUCAUUAAUGAAAGUAGAGCUCCACACGAUCCUGGCUCCUGGUUUCUGGUUUCUGGUUUCUGCUGGGAACCGAGGCUAGCUCCUGAGCCAUCAGCCACACCACGUACUUGCUCCUCCCACCAGGACCACUGCCCUCCAACAGGAAUGGCACGGGGACAUUGGAACUAUCUUUCUGGACCUGCCCAACCUCAGUGCUGGGAGCCAGGGGUAGGCAGGCCAUCUGGACCUCCUGGCUACUGCUGUGGUCUCUUGACUGGCUUGGGCUGAGAUUGGUACUGGGGCAGUUUUACCUGAAGAAACAUAAUAAAGCAAGCUUUUGGGCUUC